AAGAGGGGGAAAAAAAAGAAAAAAAAAAUUGUAAAAAAGUAAUGAGACAUAUCUGAGAAGAGAAGGCACAUGAAUCACGUUGCUGCACACGAGUAAGAUCCAUUAGCGAUGCUGUAAUUAAUUAGCGGCGUUGAAUCAGAACGAACAGCAGAUGGCGGAAGCAGAGCAGCGGAGCAGAGGCCAAAGAUGGUCUCUGAAGGGGAUGACCGCUCUCGUUACCGGCGGAACCCGCGGCAUUGGGCGGGCCACGGUGGAAGAACUAGCGGCGUUCGGGGCCGUGGUUCACACGUGCUCUCGAAGCCAGCAAGAUCUUGACCAAUGCCUCAAAGAAUGGCAAGAAAUGGGGUUCGAAGUCACCGGAUCUGUGUGCGAUGUGCACAUCAGAGAACAAAGGGAGAAGCUUAUGGAAACCGUCUCCUCUCUCUUCAAUGCCACACUCAACAUUCUGGUGAAUAAUGCAGGGACUAUGGUGAUCAAGAGCGCAGCAGAAAUUACAGAGGCAGAGCUUUCGAGGGUAAUGAGUACAAAUUUCGAGGCCUCCUUCCAUUUUUGCCAACUUGCACAUCCGCUGCUCAAAGCUUCUGGCUAUGGAAGCAUUGUCUUCAUCUCCUCUGUUUCAGGCUUGAUGUCCCUUCCAUUAUCUACUGCCUAUGCUGCAUCCAAAGGAUUCUUUGUUACAAAGGGAGUUUCUCAUAAGGGAUUGUUUGUUAAGGAAGGUGCCAUAAAUCAAAUCACGAAGAACUUGGCUUGUGAAUGGGCAAAGGAUAACAUCAGAGCAAACGCAGUGGCUCCAUGGAUCAUAAAAACUCGCUUUGUGGAACCUCCCUCUGAUAAUCCGGUACAUGUUGAAACAAUGAAGUACAUGCUAUCUGUGACACCUCUGAAACGAGGUGGAGAGCCACAUGAAGUGUCAUCGUUGGUGGCGUUUCUUUGUCUUCCAGCUGCGUCUUACAUCACUGGCCAAGUUAUUUGUGUUGACGGUGGCCAUACUGUGAAGGCUUUCCCCUUCCCUGAUCUUUGAAAUUCUCCCAAGUUUAAGUUCUCUUUUUCACACUAGGGCAUCUAUUUAUUCAUGUUUGGUUGAAAAUCUGGGAACAUAUCUUAUCAAUAUUUAUAGGUUCUAUUUAUUUCAACACUAAUGUUAUAUACGAAUUUAGGUGGAAUAUGUGGUGCCUCUACUAAUUCCUUAGCGGUGAAUACAAAUAAUUUAUUCUUUUGCUAA